CCUUGGCGACUCUGCUUUUCUUAAGUCUACGGGAAUCGCAGCCCUUUCUCGCGCUCUCCAAUCUCGUAGCGAUUGGUCAACGUCUCCGGCAAAGGCGGCCCUCGCUUUGAUUGGCACGCCGGCAAGCCAACGACAGAGCCAGAGCGCCUGGAAGGGAGACGCCGCCGCCGCCGCCGCCACGGAUGGUUCCCGGCUGACGAAGCUGCCGCAGCUGCUCUCUCGGGGGCCGGAGCCGGGGACCUGGGGGGCUGAGCCCCCGCGCUGCCGGACAAGGCCCCGGUCAGGACGGGGAGGCGGCCAUGGCGGCAGCCGUCGCCACCAAGACGGCCUGGAAGCUGCAGGAAAUCAUCGCCCACAGCAGCAACGUCUCUUCGCUUGUCCUGAGCAAAAGUUCAGGCCGGCUCCUGGCAACGGGCGGAGAUGAUUGCCGCGUUAACGUCUGGUCAGUGAACAAGCCCAACUGCGUGAUGAGUCUAACCGGUCACACAACGCCUGUGGAGAGCGUGAAGAUUAAUACAAAUGAAGAGCUCAUUGUUGCAGGAUCUCAGUCAGGCUCCAUUCGUAUCUGGGACUUGGAAGCAGCCAAAAUCCUCCGCACGUUAAUGGGCCAUAAGGCAAAUAUUUGCAGCCUGGAGUUCCAUCCUUAUGGAGGCUUUGUAGCUUCAGGGUCCAUGGACACCAACAUUAAGCUUUGGGAUGUAAGAAAAAAAAGUUGUGUCUUCAGGUACAAGGGCCACACAGGACCGGUUCGGUGUCUUCGCUUCAGUCCAGACGGGAAGUGGCUGGCAUCUUCCUCUGAAGACCACACAGUGAAGUUGUGGGACCUGGCUGCUGGAAAGAUCAUGUCUGAGUUCACGGGGCACACGGGACCAGUCAACGUCAUUGAAUUCCACCCCAAUGAGUACCUUUUGGCCUCGGGAAGCUCCGACAGGACAGUCAGAUUCUGGGAUUUGGAGAAGUUCCAAACAGUGAGCUGCAUUGAGGAAGAGGCCACGCCUGUUAGGUGCGUGCUUUUCAACCCUGACGGCUGCUGCUUAUAUGCCGGCACCCAGGAUGCCCUGCGAGUCUAUGGCUGGGAGCCCGAGCGCUGCUUUGAAGUGGUCUUGGUGAAUUGGGGCAAAGUGGCUGAUUUAUCUAUCUGUAACAAUCAGUUGAUUGGCGUUUCUUUUACCCAAAGCACCGUCUCAUCCUAUGUUGUGGACCUCAGCAGAAUCACAAAAUGUGGGUCUGGGCUCCAUGGGCUGAUCAGAGAUGACAAACCCCUGAGUCCGCCCCCAUCUCUGGGCUCCUCCCUACGACGAAUCUAUGAAAGGCCAGCCACCACCUGCAGCAAGCCCCAGAGAAUGAAACACAACUCAGAGAGUGAGAGGCGCAGUCCAAGCAGCGAGGAUGACAAGGAAGAAAGGGAAUCCACUGCAGAGAUCCAGAACUUGGAGGAUUACAAAGAGAUAUUCCGGCCAAAGAACUCCAUCACACGAACUCCCCCCAGCAAGAGCGAGCCUUUUCCUGCACCUCCAGAAGAUGAGGCAGCCCCUGUGAAAGAAGCCUCGCAGGCUGGUCAAAUAGGAGAUGUCGCGUCCCCGUUGCCAGGCCAGGAGAGGACAGACCCUAUUCAGAGGCAGCCCGUAGCUGCUUCCACCCCAAUAACGCGGGUGGAGCCCUCGGUGAUUCCAGCUGCCAGGAAUGAGCCUAUUGGGUUGAAGGCCUCUGACUUCCUGCCGGCCAUGAAGAACCAGGGCCUGACAGAGAUUGUAGACGAGGAGGCCAUGUCUCAGAUCCGGAAGGGCCACGAGACCAUGUGUGUGGUGCUGACCAGUCGCCAUAAGAAUUUGGACACAGUGAGAGCUGUGUGGAGCACGGGGGACAUCAAGACUUCAGUAGACUCCGCUGUGGCCAUCAAUGACCUCUCGGUGGUGGUUGACCUUCUCAACAUUGUGAACCAAAAGGCAUCGCUUUGGAAACUGGAUCUGUGCACGGUGGUCUUGCCACAAAUAGAAAAGCUGCUGCAAAGCAAAUAUGAAAGUUACGUUCAGACAGGCUGUGCAUCCCUGAAGCUAAUUCUGCAAAGGUUUCUGCCCCUGAUUACGGACAUCCUUGCCGCACCCCCAUCAGUGGGAGUGGACAUCUCCCGAGAAGAGAGGCUCCAGAAGUGCCACAUGUGCUACAAACAACUGAAAACCAUCAGCGCUUUCAUCAAGAACCGGUCUGGCCUCAGUGGUCGCCACGGCAGUGCCUUCCGGGAGCUGCACCUCCUGAUGGCCGUCCUGGAGUGACCGCUGUGGCCAGGCUGCCUUUGCCUGCUGCUUUGCCCUCCAGCUCUGGAUUGUCUUCUCGCGGCCUUCCAGGAGGCAACUCUUCUGCACUGCACCCAGUCCAGUGCCUUACAGAACACCUUUCAAAGCAGACUUUCCUGCUGUGGCACCACUUCCUGCACCUGUGCAGCUGCCUUCGGAGGGAUUGCUGAGGACAGACGGCCCGAUCUCCUUCUGGCCGAAAGGCUUCCAUUGCCUCGCAUCCUUUUCCUGCUUGCCAACAAUGGUGGUAAACUCCUGACUCGUGUCCAGCUCUCCAGCCAUCUUGAAUUGUGGGGGACCGGCCUAGGGUCGCUGGUAUCCAUGACAUGGAUACUUUCCAGGACCUUUCCUCUUGCCUUUCGGCCUGCAGAACCUGAGCCAGGUUUCUCUGGUAACAGACGGAGCCAUCGCUGGCUUUUUCUCCCCGGUGGAAAGUGUCUCGGUACUGGGAACAGAAUGGACUUUCCCUGCAUUGCUGGAGCCAGCUGGUCAUACAACUGUAACUUAUGACAAACUUUAUUAAAUGUUUGUAACCGGAACUUUGUGUGUCUACAUUCUGCAAUUCAGAAUAAAUCAUCUUCCUUUAUAA